GGCAGUCUGUCCCAGAAAACAACCUGUAACAGACGUGGAGACUCAGUUUUGUUCUCAGAGUCUCACAGGUUUUAUUUUCCAGGGUUUUGUCCCGGCAGUGGUCUUUUUUCGGGCUGGGAUGCCAGAGUUUUUACAGUGACAGUGUCGUUUCAGGAGGGGUGUGUGUGUGUGUGUUGACAGGAUUCCUCAUCUCUGAGGGUGUGCAGAUGGUGCAGGAGAGGAGACAUGCAGGACAGCUCCAACUGCAGGUUUUCCAUGACAUUUAGUUGGAAGUGGAACAAGGAAGUUGCUGAAGUGAUCAUCUCGAGGAAUCGGGGAGACAUCUAAAGACAAAAAAAUUUGCCUGAUCGUGUGAAGUACAUUUUGUGGCUCCUAUUGAUCAACACCCACAGUAAAACUUUAUCUCAGAUCUGAUAUAGCUUUGAACUCCCAACACUUGCAACUGACCCACAGACAUUGAACCAAAAUGGUGGCAGUCCGGGUUUUUUCAUGGAUGUUGUUGAACCUGAUGGCUGUCGCACAACGUGCCCAUGCCCAGAGUCUGGUUCAGCUGAACUCAGGUGUUCAGGUAGGCCGGGGCAGGUCUGUGUAUGUGACGAACAAGGAGCUGCAGUUCAACAUGGAUCAGGCAUCAGAAUGUAAAGUGGAGGUGGUACUCAACGAGCCAGUGACUCAGAGAGUGGGAAGACUUACUCCUCAGGUGUUUGACUGCAACUUUCUGCCUGAUGAGGUGAAGUACAUCCACAAUGGUAGUCCUCUUUUGGAGGAGGACAUGGUCAUGUUGAGAGUCUACAGGUUCACCAACUCCAGCACCUUGGUAGAGACGGUGGUAUUCAGGGUGGCGGUGGUGGAACAUGAACGCAGCCUGGUAGGGCUGGGCAGCACUCCCUUGGUGGUCCCCCAGUUCUACAGUCUGUCCAACGCCAUCGACGGCUCUGUCCUGAGCAUCCGUAGUCGGCCGGACGUAGCCUGCACCGUGAGGCUACUCACCCCAGAGACCAACGUCCCCUCCCUGGGGCAGCUGGUGACCGAGGAGGACCCUGGGCUGUGGACAGGCAGAGAAACGGGUGAUCCGUGUCCAGGAAAUAAGCCCUGCCUCCACAACACAAAGAUGGUAAGUUUCCUCAAAGCCACCUGCCAAGAGUUCCUCAGCUCGGCUCUGAAGUACCAACACCUACGCCCGCCGUCGCCGGAGAUCGACUACAUCCCUAUCCGAGUGGAGCUACGGGACCAGACCUCCAGAGCACUGUUGGAAACGGAAGCUGUCUGGCUGCCGGUGCUGAUCCACGGGGCCGUGCAGAACCAGCCGCCACAGGCCGCCUUCAUGGCCUCCUUCAUCCUGGAGGUGGACCAGUUCAUCCUAACUCCGCUGACCACGGCCACACUGGACGCCAAGGAUGGAGAGACCCCCCAGGAGCGCCUGGUGUUCAACAUCACCAAGCCCCCCGCCGAGGGCUACAUCACCCAUCUGGACGACCACACCCGGCCCUGCCGCUCCUUCACCUGGCAGGAUCUCCAUGACAUGCAGAUGGCCUACCAGCCGCCCAACAGCAGUCAUACAGCUAGAAAGGACUAUGAGGUAGAGUUCCAGGCCAUUGAUGAAUCCUAUGCAGCCAGCACACCUCUUAUGGUUCACUUGUCCAUCAGGGCAUCAGAGACCAAGGCACCUAGAGUCUCCUGGAACAUGGGGCUGGAUCUGUUGGAGGGCCAGUCUCGAUCAAUCACCUGGGAGGACUUCCAGGUAGUGGACAGUGACAACAUUGAUGCUGUCUACCUGGUGGCUGUAGAUGGACCUCUGCAUGGACGACUCAGUGUCAGAGGUGGUAAAGGCUUCAUGUUCCGGGCGCGGGACCUCCAGGAGGGCGUGGUCACCUACCAUCACUCUGACAGUGACACCACCCGCGACCACAUCAUGUUCCGCAUCACGGACGGAACCCACAGCGUCCGCCACAAGUUCCCCAUCAACAUCCUGCCAAAGGACGACACGGCGCCGUUCCUCAUCAACAACGUGGCGUUGGAGGUGCAGGAGGGCGGCGAGGUGCUACUGGAGGAGUACAUGCUGCUGGCCUCUGACCUGGACUCCAGUGACGACCACAUCCUGUACCGGCUUCUCACCUCCCCCCGGGCUGGAGAGGUUGUCAAGAAGGCCCAUCCACAGCAGUCAGGUGUAGCAGUGAAGAGCUUUCUGCAGAGGGACCUGUUCAUGGGGAUGAUCUAUUACAGACACUCUGGAGACGAGUUGUUCCAGGACUCCUUCGACUUCAUCCUAUCAGACAGCCAUCAACCCCCCAACUUGUCACACAAACACACCGUGGUGGUACAAGUGUUCCCGGUCAAGGACCUCCUGCCAGUGGAGGUGGCUGGUAGCGUUCGCUCCCUCACGGUCAAGGAGACGGAUGUGGCCUUCCUGACGCAGAGCCACAUCCACUUCAGAGACCCAGAGCACCCGGACACUGACCUGUCCUUCUCCGUCUCCACACCCGUCUUCAGCCCCAGACAACCAGGGCUACCAGAUGCAGGGAGGCUGUUCUACACAGACAGCACCCACUCAAUGAAGAAGGACCCCAUGGUUCCGGUGUUGAAGUCGUUCACCCAGCACGCUGUCAAUCACAUGAAGGUGGGCUACAUGCCCCCCAUCGAGGACAUCGGGCCGGACCCUCUGUUCGUCCAGUUUGUCUUCUCCGUGAGUGACAACCAUGGUGGCAUCAUCGCCGACCUGCUCUUUAACAUCACCGUGACCCCUGUGGACAACCAGGCCCCUGAGGCGUUCACCAACCUGCUGAGGGUGGAGGAGGGAGGUGGGUCCUUUGUGACGGAGGAGCACCUGUUGGUGCGGGACGUGGACAGCACGGAGGGAGGACUCAGGGCGGUGGUGCUGACCACACCCUUCCACGGGAGGCUGGAGCUGCAGGGGAACGAGCUCCACCGAGGGCACUCCUUCACCCUCCAGGACCUGAGAGGGCUGCGGGUCAGGUACAUCCACGAUGGCUCUGAGACGGUGCGGGAUGCUGUUGGUCUAACAGUAACGGACGGCGUCAACUCUGCCCAUGUGACUUUACCAGUACAGGUCCUGCCCGUGAAUGAUGAGCCCCCCCAGCUGGGCCCAGGGCUCCGUGGGGGGCUGACCUGUGAGGAGGGGGGCCGGGUGCAGGUCACCGCCGAGUACCUGUCUGCCACCGACGCAGACAGCGACGACGCCAGGCUGAUCUACAUGCUGGCCCGCACUCCUGCUCUGGGGGAGCUGCGCAGAGCCGGGGUCAGUGUGGACAAGUUCUCCCAACAGGACGUUCUGCUGGGGCUCAUCUAUUACACACACACAGGGGGCGAGAUUGGAGUCCUUCCCGCGUCUGACUCGGUCACCCUCAUCGUGUCGGACGGGGAAGCGGGGGGCACGGACGGCUGCUGCCACGGUGACGCCAUUCCGCCCCCCGUCCCUCUUCACGGAACACUUCCUGUUUACGACCUCAACGUCACAGUUCUUCCCAUCAACAACAAGCCCCCAGUCGUCACCAUGGGUGACAUGUUUGUGGUGGAUGAGGGUUCAUCCGCCUGUCUGUGCGGGGGGGUGCUAGGGGCAGAGGACCCUGACACAGCCCCCGAAGAGCUCUUCUUCCUCCUGGAGAACCUGCCCCAACACGGCUUCCUGGAGAACACCCUGCCCUCGCCCGGUUUCGAAAAGAGCAAUGCCGGUCUCAGAGUGGUCUCAUUCAGCUUGCUCCACCUGAGGGCGGGGUACAUCAACUAUGUCCAGGCGGAGCACCAGGGGCUGGAGCCCACCGUGGACCAGCUGACCAUUUGUGUGAGUGACGGUGUACACACGUCUGCCCCUGUCCCCUUCUACGUCAUCAUCCACCCCACCAACGACGAGACUCCCUCGCUGAUGCUCAACAACUUCACUGUGACAGAGGGGGGGGUGAAGGAGCUGAGUCCAACCAUUUUGAAUGCGUUGGAUUUGGAUGCCCCAGCAGACAUUCUGACUUUCACAGUUCUGGUAGCUCCGGCCCACGGCCUUCUGCUGAAUGGGAUCUAUGGGAGGGAGAUGAGUCGCUAUAAGGACAUGGGCUCCAAGCUGCUUCAGCAGAGCUUGAUUGUACACUCCUUCACAAUGGAGGAGCUCAAACAAGGGAUGAGGAUCGUGUUCAUGCAUGAUGACUCGGAGACCCUGAAGGAUUCCUUCACUGUGCAGCUGACAGACGGCCGCCACACAGUGCAGGAGGCCGUGCACGUCCAUGUCCUGCCGGUCAACGAUGAGAGACCCUGGCUGCUGAGGAACGCUGGUGUGGAGGUGGACUGGAUGGACAGGAGGGUUAUCUCCAGUGUGGUUUUGGAGGCAGAAGACCUGGACUCGCCUCCCAGUGAGCUCCAUUACAUCCUCACCGCGGUGCCCAGGUUUGGUAAGCUGCAGCUCAAGACAGAAGCUGGCUGGACUGUGUUGGGUGCUGGUCAGAACUUCACCCAGGAGGACGUGGAGCUGAACCGUGUAUGGUACGUCCACACCACGGGAACCGGGUUCAAAGGUCAUGACAGCAUUCGUUUCGUCCUAAGUGACCUGGACAACGAGUCUCCGCCUCAGAGCUUCUUCAUCUCAGUACGCACCAUCAUUAAGGGUGACAUUGCGCUGGUUACCUCACCAGCUACUCUGAUGGAGGGAGAGAGGCUGAUCCUGACCACAGAUAUCCUGCUGGCCACAGACGGAGCAGCCAGGCCAGAGGAGCUGAUCUACACCGUGUCCAUCCCCCCAAAACACGGACACAUCCACGCUGUCCAGCGUCCCGGAACGCCGCUCCUCACCUUCUCCCAGAUGGAUGUGACAGCACAGAGAGUGUGUUACACCCACGACAACAGUCACACAGCUGAACAGGACUCAUUCAGCUUCGUAGUCACCAAUGGCAUCACUUCCCGCACCGGCUCCCUGAGAUUCGCAAUAGAACAUGGCGACCGGAUCCCACCCUCCCUAAACCGCAAUACCGGCCUCCAACUGACAGAGGGCACUGUGGAGAUCAUCACACAAGACCACCUGGAGCUCACCGACCCGGACACAGCUGUGGGGAACCUGACCUAUAGCAUCAUCCAGCCCCCGCAAUACGGCAAGCUGCUCCUGAAGGGCUACCCAUUGACCGUAACUCGCUUUUCCCAGGCUGAUAUCAACAGCUUGGACCUGGCUUACCAGCACCACCGGGGCAGCCUGGCCCAGAUCGACAGGUUCAGUGUACUGCCAUCUGACGGUACAAACAGAGGUUACCUAGAGUAUGGACAACUGAAGGAGGAGCCGCUGGUCUUCACCAUACAGGUGGAGCAUGUGGACAGGAACCCCCCCAGGCUGGUGACCAAGCGGACACCCAGUACAGUGGAGAACCUCCCUGGGGGAUCAGGGGACAAGCAGGUCAUCUACAUAACAUCACGUGACCUCCAGGCCUCUGACCCCGACAGCCCCACCGGGGAACUGGAGUUCACCAUCACCCGCCCACCUCACUUUGGCUUCCUGGAGAAUGCUCUCACCGGGUCAUACAUCAAAGGUCGCUUCACCCAGAAAGACUUGGAGCUGCGGGCAGUGCGCUUUGUCAUUCCCACCGACUUGGAGGUGACAGGAGACAGCUUUGAGUUCCGGGUCAGCGACCCUGUGGGGAACACCAUGCUGCCUGAAAUGCUGGAUCUGACCUGGUCUCGGGUGGAGCUGUCGGCUACGUGUUACAGGGUGUGUGAGAAUGCCGGGAUGCUGCAAGUGCAAAUAAAGCGCAUUGGGAAAAGCAUGGACCCUGCUUACAUCGCUAUACAGGUAGAAGAGGGGACCGCCAAGGUGGGGAAAGAUUUCACCCACAGUACUGCCAGCCUCAUCCAGUUCGACCCAGGAGUAAAUGUGAAAACCUGGAACAUUUACCUGAAAGCUGACGGAUUGGAAGAAAACCAUGAGAUAUUCACUGUGCUUCUGAAAGCCCCCAAGAACACUGUGUUGGGUCAGAGGAACUCAGCCAUUGUGGAGAUAGUAGAUCCAAGAGGAGGAAGGUGUGACCCAGAGGACCUGAGGGUGGAGGAAGGUGAGAAGCAAGCGCCUCGGCCGCCUCAACCAGAGGAGGACAGUGUGACAGAAAUCCAGACAGAUCUGCUGAGGGAGAGCUGGCCUCAUCCGCCCAGAGGGGACGUGCCCGACAGGAGGCCCUACCCAGACUACGGGGACGGAAAGACGGAGCCCCGGGACCAGGCUCACAGCCAGACUACCAGGCCACUCAGAACACAGGGAAGCAGAGGCAACGGCCGAACGGUCCUUCACUCGGGGGUCAAGAGGAAGAAUGAAGAGAAAAUUUGGACGUUCCACGCCCUCACCCCACUGAAACGGGAGGAAAGGAGGCUGCCUAUUCCCGAACCUCUCCCUCAGGUGCACCCUAACCUUGAGGUGACCCCCAUCUGGAGCUGGUCUGGCCAUAGUGAGUUCCUCCGCCAGGUCGGCGUGGGGGAUUCUACCCAAGAGGAUGCCCCCAUACCCUCAUUCAAACACCGGGCUGGGCGCCAACACAAGGCUGGGAAGUCGGUGAGCACUUCCUGCCCUGAGGACUGGAGCCAUUACAGGAGCCACUGCUACAGGUUGAGUGCUGGUGUAGCUAGCUGGAGCAGUGCUCAAAGAAGCUGCACUUUGCUGUUAAACAGCAACCUAACAAGUGUCCACUCCCAAAAAGACAUGAGCUGGUUAUGGAAAUUUGCUGGAAAACAGCCAUUUUGGCUUGGACUGUCAGGCGUCCAAGGACAUUGGACAUGGAUGAAUGGCAGGUCACUUACAUUCUCCAGACUCAAGAGGGACAGAACCCAAGACCUGAAGCUUAACAUUGCUGCUUCCAAUAACACCUGUGUGCUCGCCCAGAGCCAGAAAACAUGGAAGCCCAUGUUCUGCAACACCUCACCAGAACACAGAUACAUAUGUUCAGCGCUAGCGCAGAUUAACUGAAAACGAGAGUAUUGGGGAUUAUCACUCAUCACCAGCACAAACACCAGCACAAACAUAGACACUCUUUUUAUUUUGGGCCAUUUAGAAGAAAAUACAUUGAAAAUAAACAUUGAAAAUGUGAAAUAAUAAAUAAAAUAAAAAUAACCAAGUGUAUUUUUCUAAUCAUUUGAAAUGUUGACAUUUGGAACGAAAUGGAAGGAUAGUUGGUUACAGAUUAUUUAUAGAUGUUCAACUAGGUUUACAGUAACUAAGCAUAAGCUGAUUCCUUUAUAAUGUUAGAUGGUUUUUAAAAGCGGUUCAAUGAAGUACUGUGUAUUAUUAGCGUAGAUAUCAGCUAAAGAGAAAUGAAACAGAAUGAAAAGUUCCAUUGCUUGAAAAGGUUUACUUUAUAAACUUAUAACGUGAUGCUCUGUACAUGUUUGAUUUGUAUUUCCUUUUUUCCAUAA